GUGCAAUUUCGUCCCUCGAAACAUCUGCUGCAUCCAAACUGCGAAGGAGCAGGAGGAGGAGGAGGAGGAGGAAGAAGGAGGAGAGGAGGAGAGGAGCGAAGGAGGCGAAUUCCGCGAGGUGCGUGAUGGUUGCGAGAUCGCGACCCGCUGGAUCGCUCGGAUUCGAAAUCCCGAUCCCGGCGCUCGGCGAGCGGUUCCCGUCGACAGGAGCCGAGUGAAGGGGGCGACGCUCCGCCUCGAUCGCGACCGAUCCGGCCCGCGCGAUCGCGCGUUUGUCCCAACCGCCCCCACCCCUGCCCGGCCAUUUGCCGAUCCGCGGGGAGGGACCGAGGAGGGGGGGCGAGGGAGGAGGGGGGGGGUGCGACGACCGGAGCGAUGCCGUCGCACGCGGAUCUGGACCGCCAGAUCGAGCAGCUGAUGGAGUGCAAGCCGCUGACGGAGGCGGAGGUGAAGACGAUCUGCGAUCAGGCGAGGGCGAUACUCGUGGAGGAGUGGAACGUGCAGCCGGUGAAGUGCCCGGUCACGGUCUGCGGGGACAUUCACGGCCAGUUCUACGAUCUCAUCGAGCUCUUUAGGAUAGGCGGCAACGCGCCUGAUACCAAUUAUCUGUUUAUGGGAGAUUAUGUUGAUCGGGGGUACUACUCGGUGGAGACUGUUACGCUUUUAGUGGCUUUGAAAGUUCGCUAUAGAGAUAGAAUCACUAUCCUUAGGGGAAAUCAUGAAAGUCGGCAAAUAACACAAGUGUAUGGUUUCUAUGAUGAAUGUUUGAGAAAGUAUGGAAAUGCCAAUGUCUGGAAAUAUUUCACCGACUUGUUUGAUUAUCUUCCACUUACUGCUCUUAUUGAGAGUCAGAUCUUUUGUUUGCAUGGAGGUCUAUCACCAUCUUUGGAUACACUAGACAAUAUUCGAGCCUUGGACCGUAUACAAGAGGUUCCUCAUGAAGGACCAAUGUGCGACCUCUUGUGGUCUGAUCCAGAUGACCGCUGUGGCUGGGGAAUAUCUCCACGUGGUGCUGGUUAUACCUUUGGUCAGGACAUUGCUGCUAAUUUUAAUCACACUAAUGGUCUCACUCUGAUAUCGAGAGCCCAUCAGCUUGUCAUGGAAGGAUACAAUUGGUGUCAGGAAAAAAAUGUGGUCACUGUAUUUAGUGCACCCAAUUAUUGUUAUCGGUGUGGAAAUAUGGCUGCAAUACUUGAGAUUGGAGAGAAUAUGGAUCAGAAUUUUCUUCAAUUUGACCCAGCACCACGUCAAAUUGAACCGGACACAACACGCAAGACUCCUGAUUAUUUCUUGUGAUUCAAGAACUGCACUUGCUGCUUGUAAUUCAGGUUUGACGCCAUCUUGCUGUUGAUGUGUCUUAUGGAAAAAGAAUUUCAUCUUUAAGAUCAGACUUCAGAGUCAUGAGCAAUGCCAUUCUUCUGUUUGGAGCUUGUCUUGCCGCCUUGUUGAAAUCAAGGAACUUGAAGAGCAAGAUGGAAGGCAUCAGCGUUCUUGUUUGUCCUGUAUAUUCGUCGAAAGAAGGGGGGGCGGCAAUAACAUGGUCUAUCUUGUUCUGCAAUCCGAGUAGAAAAUUUUUGAAGCAGUUGAAAGUUUUCCAUUUUCAAAUUUAGUAGACCAAACUGUAAUGAGUUUACUCGAAUAGAGAGCAUCGUGGGCACGAGGUUCUCGAAAGUUUGUUUUGGGUGGUGGAUGAGCCGUAAAGUGGAAAUUGUUUUUGGUUCUUCGUUUGUAACACUGUUUAUGAACUCUUUUGGAGCAUUUCUUCCUUCAUGCACGAAGUAAAGUCCAUUAGGUUUCUUUUC